AUGGUAUUGGAUCGUUUCUCAUAUAUUCAAGAUCGUCAAACUGAUACAAAAACUUAUUGGCGUUGUGAAAAUCAUAAAAAUUUUAAUUGUCAUUUUCGUAUACAUACAUGUAAUGAAUCUGUUACUAAAACAAUUAUAUUAGAAGAAGAUUCGAAUAUCCAUACAAAGAUCGUUCAAACCAAUGCUGGCGAACCAGUUAAUAAAAAAAAGAAGUAUCAAUAUCUUGAUCAACGAUUAUUUAAUCUUGUUUCUAAUCCUCAUCAAAACAAUAUUGAUCAAAUUAAUGCUAUAGCACAUAAUAUUGUUCUAUAA